AUGGGACAGACCCUAACCACCCCCUUAAGCCUAACUCUAGGACACUGGUCUGAGGUUCGAGAACGUGCCCGCAGCCGGGCGGUCGAAGUAAAGAAAAAGAAGUGGCGGACCUUUUGCUCCUCGGAAUGGCCCACUUUUAACGUGGGUUCGUCCGAGGGACAGCACCUUUAACCUUGAUACUAUUUUGAAAAAUUUUUUUACCAAGGACCCCAUGGGCACCCAGACCAGGUCGCCUGCAUCGUAACCUGGGAAAACUUGGCUUAUGACCCACCUCCGUGGGUGGCCCCCUUUGUCUCUCCGAAACCCCCAGCCCCGAUAGGAGCUCAACAGACGCCCCCGGUGGGAGACCAGAGGGGCGCCACCUAUUCACCUCCUAACUCCCCAGUUGCAGGCCGUCUCCAGGGGCGGAGAGACCCACCGCCCUCAGAGAUUACCUCCCAGGCAUUCCCCUUACGACAAGGAGGGAACGGCCAACUGCAAUACUGGCCAUUCUCUGCCUCUGACCUAUACAACUGGAAACAGCACAACCCUCCUUUCUCCAAGGAUCCUGUCGCCUUGACUAAUCUAAUAGAAUCUAUAUUAAUUACCCAUCAACCUACUUGGGACGACUGUCAACAGCUGUUGCAAACCCUGCUGACCUCAGAGGAGAAACAGAGGGUUUUUCUAGAAGCAAGGAAGAAUGUGCCAGGGGAGAACGGGCAGCCGACUCAGCUACCGAACGAGAUCCAUGCCGCCUUCCCCUUGACCAGACCCAACUGGGAUUUUACCACAGAUGCAGGUAGGGGACACCUACGCCUUUAUCGCCAGUUGCUCAUAGCGGGUCUCCGAGGGGCUGGUAAGUGUCCUGUCAAUUUGGCACAGGUAAAGCAAGUAAGUCAGGGUUCCGAGGAGCCUCCUGCCGCCUUUCUAGAGAGGCUCAAGGAAGCUUACCGCAUGUACACUCCCUAUGACCCAGACGAACCGGGACAGGCUACCGGCGUGGCCAUGGCAUUUAUAUGGCAGUUGGCGCCUGACAUUAGGAAUAAGUUACAGAGACUGGAUGGACUACAGGGCUACACCAUCCAGGAUCUACUAAAGGAAGCAGAACGUAUCUAUAAUAAGAGGCAGACUAUAGAGGAUAGGGAGGACUGUAUACGCAGAGAAACUGAAGAGAAGGAGACAGCUAGGGACUGUAAACGAAGUAAGGAGCUAAGCCGCCUCUUGGCCACUUUAGUACAGAGCAGCAAUAGGCAAGAUAGGCAGGGAGACCAGAGGAGACCCAGGGUGGAACGGGACCAGUGUGUCUAUUGCAAGGAGCGAGGCCACUGGGUGAGAGAAUGCUCAAAGCGACCCCGAAAACCGAAAGGUCCGCGGCCAGAAACGUCCCUUCUGGCUUUAGAUGAAGACUAGGGGAGCCAAGGGCGGGAGCCCCCCCCCACGCCUAGGCUAACUCUCAGAGUCGGGGGCCAACCAGUCACCUUCCUACUAGUUGACACCGGAGCUCAGCACUCAGUCCUCACCACCUCCCCGGGCCAACUCAGCGGACGGACAGCCUGGAUGCAAGGGGCCACCGGUGGAAGGUACUACCAUUGGACUACGGAAAGGAAGGUGCAUCUGGCUACCGGUAAGGUUUCUCAUUCUUUCCUCCACGUCCCCGACUGUCCAUACCCACUACUGGGACGAGACCUACUGACGAAACUCAGAGCACAGAUCCAUUUCGAGGGGAAUGAGGCCACAGUGUCAGGCCCAAAUGGAGCCCCUCUCCAAGUAUUAACUCUCAAAAUGGAAGAUGAAUGCAGAUUAUUUGAGGGGGAACCUACAGUGAAACCCGAGAUAGACUCUUGGCUAGAAGAUUUCCCCUUGGCCUGGGCCAAAACCGGGGGCAUGGGUUUAGCUAAGCAACAACCUCCCAUUGUCAUUGAGUUAAAAGCAACAGCUACACCCAUCUUGAUUAAACAGUAUCCCAUGCCUAAUGAGGCCUACCAAGGAAUUAAGCCUCACAUCAAAAGACUCUUGGACCAGGGGAUCUUAACUCCCUGUCGGUCGCCAUGGAACACUCCACUUCUACCUGUCAAAAAGCCUGGCACGGGUGACUACCGACUGGUACAGGACCUUAGGGAAGUUAAUAAGAGGGUGGAGGAUAUACACCCCACGGUGCCCAACCCAUAUAACCUUUUGAGUACCCUACCACCCACUCAUCCGUGGUAUACGGUGUUAGACCUAAAGGACGCCUUCUUUUGUCUCCGGUUGAGCCCUAAGAGCCAGCCAAUGUUUGCUUUUGAAUGGAGGGACCCAGAACUAGGAAUUUCAGGACAAUUGACCUGGACGCGGCUCCCCCAGGGAUUCAAGAACAGCCCCACUCUCUUCGAUGAAGCCUUACAUCAGGACCUUGCAGACUUCCGGGUCCAACACCCAUCCCUGAUUCUACUCCAGUAUGUGGAUGAUCUCCUGCUGGCAGCUCCAACCGAACGGGACUGCCUUAAAGGUAUCGGGGCCCUACUACAAACCCUCGGGCAUCUUGGGUACAGAGCCUCUGCCAAAAAGGCCCAAAUUUGCCAGACGGAAGUGACUUAUCUGGGGUACAAAUUAAAAGAAGGACAGCGUUGGCUAACGGCCGCACGCAAGGAAACUAUAUCCCAGAUCCCAGUUCCCCAGGGACACCGGCAGCUGAGAGAAUUCUUGGGCACCGCUGGGUUCUGCAGGUUGUGGAUCCCCGGAUUCGCUGAAAUGGCAGCUCCUCUGUAUCCCCUAACCAAACAAGGGGCUCCCUUUAAAUGGACAGAGACACAACAACAGGCCUUUAGUAACAUCAAAUGGGCCCUACUCUCCUCUCCAGCCUUGGGCUUGCCUGACCUAACCAAACCUUUCAACCUAUUCGUGGACGAGAAGCAAGGCUUUGCAAAGGGGGUCUUGACCCAGAGGUUUGGGCCAUGGAAACGACCUAUUGCCUACUUGUCCAAGAAAUUGGACCCAGUAGCCUCCGGAUGGCCCCCUUGCUUGAGAAUGGUUGCGGCCAUUGCAAUCCUCGUCAAGGACGCAACAAAGCUAACUCUGGGACAGCCAUUAACUGUACUGGCACCGCAUGCGGUUGAGUCUAUCGUCCGCCAGCCUCCUGAUGGUUGGCUAUACAACGCCGGCAUGACCCAUUACCAAUCCUUGCUCCUGGAUGCUGAUCAGAUUCGCUUCGGCCCAGCAGUCGCCCUUAGCCCUGCAACUUUGCUGCCACUGCCAGAGAGCCCUACAUCCCACGACUGCCUGCAGAUCCUCGCGGAAGCACAUGGGACCAGAGUUGACCUGUCCGACCAGCCAUUAAAAGACGCGGACCACACGUGGUACACGGAUGGCAGUAGCUACUUGCUGAAUGGAGAACGACGAGCAGGAGCAGCAGUGACCACCGAAAACCAGGUAGUCUGGGCCAGCGCCCUUCCGGGAGGAACCUCAGCACAGCGGGCGGAGCUCAUCGCUCUAACUCAGGCGCUCCAGCUGGCAGAAGGUAAGAGACUCAACGUAUAUACCGAUAGCCGGUAUGCCUUCGCCACUGCCCACAUACAUGGGGAAAUCCACCGAAGGAGGGGACUCCUAACCUCGGAGGGCAAGGAGAUUAAAAAUAAAACUGAGAUCUUGGCCCUGCUCAAGGUCUUAUUCCUCCCCAAGAAAUUGAGCAUCAUGCACUGCCCAGGGCACCAAAAAGGAGACAGUGCAGAGGCAAAAGGCAAUCGUCUAGCAGAUGAGACUGCUAAACAGGCCGCUCUGGGUCCCCAGGUCCUCACCGUCACAAUCCUAACUGAACCAGGACGGACCCAGCUGGUAAACUGGGAAUAUACUACUGAGGACUUAGAUUUGAUACAGAAACUAGGAGCGGACUAUGAUCCAGAACGGGACAGAUGGGUGCACCAAGGAAAAACCAUUGUGCCAACUAAACCUACAAUGGACCUAAUUAAUAACCUCCACAAACUAACUCAUUUAAGUGCCCGAAAAAUGCAAGUCCUGGUGGACCGAGCGGAGACAGGAAAACUUUUCCUCAAUAGAGAAAAGGCCCUACAAAAGGUCACAGAAACUUGUACGGCUUGCGCUCAAGUCAACGCAGGACGGGCCAAGACUGCUCCCAGGGUCCGUCUCCAGGGACACCGACCUGGAGUCCAGUGGGAAAUAGACUUUACUGAAGUUAAACCUGGCAUGUAUGGUUACAAAUAUCUCUUAGUUUUUAUAGACACCUUCUCUGGAUGGGUAGAGGCCUACCCCACCAAACAUGAAACUGCAAAAGUGGUCACCAAGAAGCUAUUAGAAGAAAUCUUUCCCCGAUAUGGGAUGCCUCAGGUAAUAGGGUCAGACAAUGGGCUGGCCUUUGUCUCCCAGGUGAGUCAGCAGGUGGCCAAGGUACUGGAGAUUGAUUGGAAAUUACACUGUGCAUAUAGACCCCAGAGCUCAGGUCAGGUAGAACGUAUGAAUAGAACAAUUAAGGAGGUCUUAUCUAAAUUAACGCUAGCAACUGGCUCAAAGGAUUGGGUGCAACUCCUACCCCUGGCUCUGUAUCGAGCCAGGAACACCCCAGGCCCUCACGGCCUUACCCCUUUUGAAAUUCUAUAUGGGGCUCCACCGCCCGCCAUCACUUUCUUUGAUUCUGAUAUUUCAGACUAUGCUAAUUCCCCCUCUCUCCAAGCACACCUGCAGGCCCUGCAGAUCGUGCAGAAGGAAGUUUGGAAGCCCUUAGCAGCCGCCUACCAGGACACCACUGAUACGCAAACAGUGCCUCACCAGUUCCAAAUCGGAGACUCAGUCUGGGUCCGGAGACACCAAACCAAAAACCUCGAGCCUCGCUGGAAGGGACCAUAUACGGUACUCCUGACAACGCCUACAGCAUUGAAAGUUGACGGUAUCGCCGCCUGGAUCCACGCAUCUCACGUGAAGGCUGCCCACCCAAACGCUUCCACGUCCCCUGCCCAGGCAUGGAGACUCCAACUCUCUCAAAACCCCCUAAAGAUAAGACUUAUUCACAAUUAG